CUGCCUCUUAAAGGGCCAGUGUCGCUAUUUGUGGACAGGAGCUGUUGCCGAGAAUCGAAACUUAAACUCAGUCUCGUCCCGUCGCUUCACUUCCUUCCUGUGUUUGUCAGCUCGGCUCUAACUUCUGUCUGUCCUCGUCUCGCCGUCCGCACACUGUGCAUGUCCCGGCUCCAUGGUCCCUUCACCUCCUCAGUGAACCACCAUGGACCUUGACAGACACAACCGCAAGCUGGAGAUAAGCAAAGCUCUGACGUUUAUACAAUCUUCCUUGGCUUAUCCAGAGCCUGAGGGCUACCAGGACUAUCUGACCCAGCUGGUGUGGAACCUGCUCCAUGAGGGCAACACCUUGUUCCAAGAUGGAGAGUGGGCGGAGGCGGCGAGAGAGUUCAGUGAAGGCCUGAACGUCUCGUGCUACGCCGCAGGAGAGAACAUCCCGAUCCCCGAAGCUCUGCUGCAGAGCCUGUAUGUCAACCGGGCUGCUGCUUACCACAGAAUGGGGGAGUUUGAUCGAGGUGUGAUGGACUGCGACAGCGCUCUACUGCUGUGCAAGGAAAGCAGCAGGGCCCUGUACAGGAAGGCGCUGUGUCUGAAGGAGCUGGGGAAAUACAAGGAGGCCUACAGCUGCACCACGGACUGUCUGCUCAUCUCUCGCCUGGAUAAAGAUGUGAACGAGCUGGCUCAGGAGCUCGCCGUCCACCUGGGACUGAAAAACCGAAAACCCUACAUCAGCACAAAGGAACACAAAAUUGUUGUUGGUGUUCCUAAUGGCCACAAGUCUGCUGAGGCCACCAAGGUGUCUGCUGGUGAUUUGGGCGAUGGUGUGAAUCCUCUCCGUGGUCUUGCACCAGUCAGUUUCACCAGCAGGACUCAGUCCACCCUUCCCUCCAUGUCUCCCAGCUUCCUCCAACCUGUCAUCCCCUCAAUGCCUGACAGGGAUGAGACGGACACGGUGGAGGACUCCGAGCUGAUUGGAGACGACUUGGACAGUCUGCUCGACGGCUUCUCCCCCGAACACGAGACAAGUAUCCAGGCAGCAUACUCGGCUUCCAGCAGGACGCCAGCUUCCACACACUCAGUUCCUUCGGCCCUGCCGGCCCCGUCACCCCGGCUGCCUCCAGCCUUCUUCAACUCGGCCGUCAAAGCCCCGGAUUCAUUUUCAGGUGGUGGGCACAGCACUACGUCCGCAGAACUGGACACCCUGGACUCCCUCUUGACCUCUCAGGCUCUGGAUGCCUUGGACGACUUCCCUGGAGUUGGCGGGGGUGUUGCAACUUCAGGGGUCACCUCCCCAGCGCUACAAACCCUGAAUGGCCUUGAUUCCCUGGACGACUUCUUGGAUGCAUUGCCAUGUUCGCCUGCUGCUACUGAGGGAGUCAAUCCGUCCAAAACACAGCUGGACACAGGGGGAAGGUCCCUCGGUGAUUUGCUGGAUGAACUCGAUGACCUGGAGACUGUGUGUGAUCCAGUUGCUCGGUGCAAUGAUGUCCCGACAUUUGGAGUGAAAGCUGUGGAGCGGCUCGACUCCCUCGAUGUCCUGGACUCCUUCUCCUCAGUGGAAGGAGCUGGGGCGGCUCUGCCAGCGGUCAAUGGAAGAACCGGCCUGGACUCGAUCUCUGAUUUCAGCCUGGCUGAUGUCUCAGGCUCUCACUCUGCUGUCGCUCCACUAAUGACAUCUCCAAAGAACAACUACAUAAAGAGGAAAAGCACAGAACUGGUUUCCUGUUCGAACCCCCUCUCCUCCACCCAUGAGUUCCUGCAGGCCUGCUCCGCCUGUUUCCCUCGGGAAGGUCCAGGGAUAUACAGCUUCGUUCACAAGCCGGACCUCCUGCACAGCUGCAGCCGAGACAUUCUGUUGUGCAGACAAAAGGCAGCUUCUCCUUCAGAGUGGACCAGAGUGCGGCCGAUGCCUCCCUUCACGGCCUUCAGGGGGCGCUUCGUACUCUGCAGGGAUGUGCAGAACUCUGAGUCCGGCCUGUGUAAGUACAGAGAACAAUGCACGUUUGCCUACAACCAGCUGGAGAUCGAUGUUUGGACAGAGGAGAGAAAGGGAACGUUGGACAGGAACCUGCUGUUUGAGAAAGGACCCGUCAAACUGGAUCCCAUCACCAGCGUCAUUCACCUGCAGCAGGAACACAAGGGCACGUUCGUGUUCCUCUGCCAGAAGUGCUUUGACGGUAAACCCAGAAUCAUCAGUAAUCGCUGCAAAGACAACGUCUGCUCCAACCUGGAGGUUCACCACUGCUUUGAUGCAAACAAGUGUUUGGCGUUUGUGGUGAGGACGCACAACGUGAACUACCGAAAGGUCCGUCCGCUGACUGGCCUGCGGCAGCUGGAUUUAUGCUACCAAGGCGUACGGUACGGCUGCGAGAAGGAGGACAGCUGCCACCACGCCCACUCCCUCAUAGAGCUCAAAACCUGGAGGCUGCAGCGAAACACAGGUAUCAGCCCUGAUGAGAUUGUGAAAGUAGCCACAAAGCAUCACAACAAACAGGAGCAAAACUCAAACGCACAGAAAUGGAAUAAAUCUCCUGGAAGUGAGGGUAUGAAACCUAGAGGAGAAGGAAAGAGUCUGGACUUGAAGAUCAAGUUGGCGUGUGCUCAGUGCUGGAGGGACGGUCUGAUCAGUGAACCAGACAAAAAACAGAAGUACUGCUCCGCUAAGGCCCGGCACAUAUGGACUAAAGACAGACGGUUCCUGCUGGUCAGAUCCAUGAUGAGACAAAAAUGGAUUCAGGUCCGACCUCUGCCGAACAACAAGAACAUCCCUCUGCAGUAUGAAAUGUGUGCCCAGAUUCUGAGGAAGAAGAUCUGUAACUACAUCGGGCACUGCAGCUUUGCUCACAGUGAGGAGGAGAGGGAGAUUUGGAUGUAUAUGAAGAAUAAUGACUUGCAGGACACUCAGCAGGUAUAUGACACAUGGAUGAGAUCAAACAGCCCAAGCCGCCAAGCAGAUGGAGCUGCGGCCUCCCAGUCCGUCCCAGAGGAGAAAUAUAUCGCCAUGCCCACUGACUUUGCUGAACCCAUGAGCGGCUUCCACUGCCGUCUGUGCGGUAAACACAGUAACAGUGAGCGGCAGUGGCAGAACCACAUCUCCACUGAGAAGCACAAGGAGCGGGUGUUCAGCUGUGAAGGAGAAGACGAGGCUCUGACAUGGAUCUACCGCUUUCCUGGAACUAACUUUGAACUCUGCCCCAAGUCGGCUGGCGGCUGUGCGGACGGGGUGAGCUGUGACUUCGCCCACAGUGCGGAGGAGCUGAAGGAGUGGACCGAGCGACGGGCUUUCCUACGACAGAAGCUCGUCAAAGCCAGGGAAGACAUGCUCGUCAUGUUCGAUGAGUUCGACUUUGGGAUGUACAACUUUCUCCUUAAGGACUGAGAGGAAUGAAUGUUUUUGUCUCCACUAGCCACAAAGCAAGGUCAAAUACCACAUGUCAAGAGUUUUCAAAGCCAAACCAAAGUGGAGGAGGGGACGAUAUCCAACUAGAGACUUUUUAAAAUGUUUAAUUAUGACUAAUUUCUUCAUAGUAUUUUCUUUUCAGCAAAAAGCUCAGGACAAAUACGACUCAGUGCUUAUGUUGGUGCCAUUGAAAAACACAGCAGACACUAACACGUUGUUAAUCACUGAUGGUUUGUAUUUAACCUAACCUGCAGCUUUUUGUCAUCUCUGAUCCACAUCAUGUUCACACCGAGUUCCCUUCUGUUUGAGGAGAGAGUUUUUUUCAGAGUCAGAGAGAGGCUGUUUACAUUAUUGCAUUAUUACAUUAAGAUACACCCCAGGAAUGUUUGUCAAAUUCUCAACCUGCAAAGCAAAUAAAGUUGUUACCGUUAA